AUGCCUGUACAGUGGAUGUCUCUUCUGCUGCUCCUACUGCAGAUGACUUGCUACUUCAGAUCUGGGAAUUGUGGGAAGGUGUUGGUGUGGCCAAUGGAAUACAGUCACUGGCUGAAUCUAAAAACAAUACUGGAUGAACUUACACAGAGGGGUCAUGAAGUCACAGUUCUGAGACCUUCAGCUUCUAUCUUUCUUGAUCCCCAAAAGUCACCUGACCUGAAGUUUGAGAGUUAUCCUACAUCUCUCAGUAAAGAUGACCUAGAUAUGGUUUUCCAAAGACUUGUGAAUGUAUGGAUUUAUGAGAUGCCAACAGAUACAUGUUUAUCAUACUCGCCUUUGCUAGAAAAUUUGUUUGAAGAAUAUUCUGACAGUUAUCUAAGUCUUUGUAAAGACACAGUUUCAAACAAACAGCUGAUGACAAAACUACAGAAAUCCAAGUUUGAUGUCCUUGUCUCGGAUGCCGUUGCUCCCUGUGGGGAGCUGAUAGCUGAACUGCUCCACAUCCCUUUUCUGUACACUCUUAGAGGUUCUCCUGGCUAUGAAGUGGAAAAGAAUAGUGGAGGAUUUAUAGUUCCUCCCUCGUAUGUACCUAUAAUUUUGUCAGGAUUAGGGGGUCAAAUGACAUUUAUGGAGAGGGUAAGAAAUAUGAUAUGUAUGCUUUUUUUUUUUUUUUUUUUUUUUUUUGAAAUGGAAGACUUUGUCCAGAGUUCUGGAGAGCAUGGUGUUGUGGUGUUUUCUCUGGGGUCAAUGGUCAGCAACAUGACAGAAGAAAUGGCCAACACAGUUGCAUGGGCCCUUGCCCAGAUUCCACAAAAGGUUAUUUGGAGAUUUGAUGGCAAAACACCAGACACCUUAGGACCCAAUACUAGAGUCUACAAAUGGCUCCCUCAGAACGACAUUCUAGGUCAUCCAAAAACCAAAGCAUUUGUAACUCAUGGUGGAGCUAAUGGCAUCUAUGAGGCAAUUCAUUUUGGAAUCCCUAUGAUUGGCAUUCCUUUGUUUGGAGAACAACAUGAUAACAUUGCCUACAUGGUGGCCAAAGGAGCAGCUGUUGCAGUAAAUUUCAGAACAAUGACAAGAUUAGAUUUGCUCAACGCACUGGAGACAGUCAUAGAUAAUCCUUUCUAUAAAGAGAAUGCUAUGUGGUUGUCAACCAUUCACAAUGACCAGCCCAUGAAGCCUCUGGACAGAGCCAUCUUCUGGAUUGAAUUUGUCAUGCGCCACAAAGGAGCCAAGCACCUGAGGCCACUUGCAUACAACCUCACCUGGUACCAGUACUACUCUCUGGAUGUGCUUGGAUUCAUACUGGCCUGUGUGACAGUCAUAGUUUUCCUUGCCAUAAAAUCCUGCUUAUUCAUUUAUCAAAAGUUUGUAAAGAUGGGAAAGAAAAUGAAGAAUGACUAGAGCUCAUUAAUAAUGUACUACAUAAACUAAAUUUCAGCAUCAUUCUAAUUUAUGAACUGCCUUCUAAACAUUCACUGAUUACUUAAUCAAGGAAUAUCUUCUUUGGAUGGAGGAAAGGGAAGGGAGAAUAAUGGAAUUAUGUUACAAUCUAAAAAAAGAUAUAAUUAAAGAAAAAGUCUAAGCUAGCUGUAAGGAACAAUCUAGUAAAAAGAGUUCCUCCACGGUAUCUGCAUCAGUCCUGUCUCCAGAUUCCUGCCUUUAACUCCAGACCUAUUUUUCCUCAGUAGCCUACAGAGAGCUAUGGUAUGAAAUAAACCUUCAUCUUAAUCAAAUAAAAAUGAAAAUUUUACAAACUAAACAAAGGAGUGAACAGGACAUGGGUCAGAGCAAGCACAACUAUGAUGAGCAAAUAUGUGUUGGAGAAAUUAAGAGUAAAAGUAAAAGAUAAAAUCAAAGCCAGUCAUAAAAUCUAUUAUAGCACCAAAGUACAGAUCAUAUUUUAGGAAACUGUAAGAUAGUGUGUCCUAAAACCAUAAUCUGUGGCCAUUUAAUCAAGUUAAGUACGUUAUAAAGGAUGAAAGUGUUUUGAUUUAAUAUUGGACGUUGCAUUUUAACAUAGAUUUUGAAAGUAAACAAGCUAUUAGGCUGGUGUGUCUACAGCUAACUGAUGAAUUUUUUUGGAUCAUGUUAAUAGAUACUAACAUUUAGAUUACCACCCUAGUGGUGUGAUAAUAUUUAUUACCUGCAGCAUAACACCACUAUUUAUUGCUUUGUGUUUCUGAUUAGAGCUCACAAUUCUGAGAAGUCAAAUGGAAUUAAUGUCUGACUGCAUGUCUAUGAGAAGUUGGCCUUAGGAUAUGAUGAAUCUAUUGCUUCUAUUCUAUGCUCUUUUAUAUAUGCAAAUUCUCUCUGGUAACUCUGGUAAUUCACUCAACUGAGCUGAAAAUUUAAUACCAGUUAGCAUUAUUUCAGAUAUUCUUCUCCCUCCCUCUCCUUCUCCCUCUCCUACUCCC